UCUUAAAAAAUCCAAAGAGCCGAGUCGCCGCCACGAUGGCCGAAGUGGAGCAGAAGAAGAAGCGGACCUUUCGCAAGUUCACCUACCGCGGCGUGGACCUGGACCAGCUGCUGGACAUGUCCUAUGAGCAGCUGAUGCAGCUCUACAGCGCCAGGCAGAGGCGACGCCUCAACCGCGGCCUGCAGCAGAAGCAGCACUCGCUGCUCAAGCGCCUGAGAAAGGCCAAGAAGGAGGCGCCGCCUAUGGAGAAGCCCGAGGUGGUGAAGACCCACCUGCGGGACAUGAUCAUCCUGCCCGAGAUGGUGGGGAGCAUGGUGGGCGUGUACAAUGGCAAGACCUUCAACCAGGUGGAGAUCAAGCCGGAGAUGAUUGGCCACUACCUGGGCGAGUUCUCCAUCACCUACAAGCCUGUGAAGCACGCCCUCCCCAGCCCCAUUGCCAUCCUCACGACAGCUAGGUCAGCGCAGGAAGGCCGCAGCAUGAGUGUGCAACAGAUAGUCAGUGUUGAAUCUGCCUGGCCGGCAGGCGCAGAGCUCUGA